CGUUUAUUCACCUGACAAACAAAUUAAAGUUAGUAAUGCAUCAGUAAUGAUCGACCUUUAGAUUUUUUUAAUCUUGUUAACGUCUUAAUAAUUGGAGACAUUUGUUACUUGUUAUUUUUAACUCUUUUAUUAUAAAUAUUAUCAAUUAUAAUUUUUAAAAUGAACAAAUUUCUGCAAUCAAAGUCAAGUUUCAAUCUUUUAGAUAGGAGGUGGAUAGAGAAAGGUGUGCUUCAUUGUAUUCUUGGUAGGCCAGAAUGUCGGACAUUUUCAUACCAAUGUUUAGUUGCUAAACAAAGGUUGAAAAAGGGCAGACACGAAUCAGACGAUGACAAUCAAAUCUAUGGUACUAUCAACGCAAUCAUUGGUUUUUAUGUGGAAACACUUGUUUCUUGUUUUCAGAAAAUUGAUGAUCUAGAAAACCUUUCGCCUGGAUCAAAUGACUCGUCCAUUGGUAACAAGACCGAAGUCCAGUUGUAUAAGAUUGAUGAACUUGGUUGGGCUCUGGAUUCUCGGCAAAUUAAAAGAUCAGUUGUUCAAGUUUUGUUGAGUAGGCCGGAAUUUGAAAUUAUUAGCGAUCAACUUGAUGAAUUUUACACUAAAGACUUAAACUAUUUGCCUAGAAAUAUGGUUGACACAACUGAUGGUGAUAUUUGGCUGACCUUUGUUGAUCUAGUUAUUUCAUGCUACGAAAGAAUAAUGAACCGAUUUAGCAAAAAGAACUCAAAAGUUAGCAAAUCGAAACCGGGAUCGACUGGAAAAUUGGAUAACCAUUUGACUGCAUCUGAAAAAAUGGUAUCUCAUGCGAAGUUUCCCGUUCCAUUUUGGCAUUUAAUAGCACCUUCACUGACACAAUUUGAUGUUUAUAAUGAAACAAGUGCAACUUGCAUGUUAAAUAUUUGAUCUAAGAUAAAACUAGUUAUCAGUUGUUUAAAUUUUACUCAAAUCGUUUAGAUCUCAGACUUUUAAAUUGAAUUCACUCUUUUCUUACACGUCCGAAUAACAAUGUACAAAAUAAACAAAUAAAGGACAUUUUCAUUUA